UCAAUUUCGGUGGCAUCGGUGGUAUUGAUGCUUAAUGAGGUUCCCUAUCUCCUUCACCUUCUAGUUGUGGAUAUAUAAGCUACAAUGUUUCUGUCGAUCCUUAGUCCUCUUUACGCUCGUAGUUUGUAGACAUGUGACAUAUUUCAGUGCAUGCCAAAUCUCCCCCAGCCUAUCACCACAAUACGAUUGCUCACGGCCAAACGACAGUCAAAACGCAGAGGGGAGGCACGGUGGCAAGGAGAUUUUCGGCUCCCCGCAUUCUCAGUCCUCUUAGGCUUCCGGCGUCGCGGCUGAACAGAGUUUACGAACGCGCGCACGAUCUUGGGACCAGACCUGGAGUGCGUCUGAAAAUCCUGGUCACGCUGGAAAAUCUGUCCUAGGUCAAGAUAUGUAUAUACCUGUGGAUUCCCACUGCCCGGAGGGGAAAGUCUAGAGUAAUCACAAAUAAGAAACACAAACACGAUGGAAAGCCUUAGUAACAAACGAUCGCACGGGGACACAUGGGAAGAGGUGAUACCGCCAUCCGGCCACCGAGCCAUAAUCCCAAAGAAGCUGCGACAGAUUACACACAACCCCAAACCCAGUUUGAUGCUCAUUCAUGAAUCCUCACGACACAGUUUUCACGAUUUGAGCGACCUUGAAACCAACAUUCCCGUUGAAAUCCUCUACCCUGGAGAUGACAUUCCCCAGACGUUAAACCUAUCUCAGGUUCUAGCGGAACUCAGUCCUGCAGAGCCGCUUCUUGGGCUUGUGCUUUGCUUCUUUGGACCCAGCUCGUACAACUAUACCACUGUGCUAAAUACGCUUGAGCCUGUACACCCCCGUAUUCCCAUAGUGGGCAUCUCUGCGUAUGUCUCCGCAAAUGAUAACGCCUUCGCGGUAAUCAAUGAUAGCCAGGGUCUCGCCUCGAAAUGCUUCGGCACCUUGGAUCCGUUAGGGGGUGGUGUGUUUCCCUUAGACUCCAUGGUUGUGUUCGACCAAUCGGGUGCCAACCGUUUGCAGGUGUCUAUUCUGGGGGGAAGCAGGGGCAUUUGCAUGCGGUACAACAACCAGGUGACGCUCAAAAACAGUUCUGACAUUGCGCGCACGGGAAAGCUAAUGGUGGGUGUGGAGAACUUGGCAAUCGUAGUGCGUGAAUGUUGUGAGUACAUAGAGAGUACUAGCCUACGCGGAAAUUAAAUUCAUAAGAAACCCUCCAUGUCAGGAAUAUCAUUGAUCGCUAGCCGUCAUUCUUUAGGUGAAAGGGAAGGCCAGUUUGGGAGUUCCUGGGUAUCCAUUACUGGAAGUUAAAACAGACGAUGUCUAGUUUACCUACAUCCUUAUGCCCUUUGUUCCUGUCUUCUUUAUUCCUGUCUUCUUUAUUCCUUGGCAUACCAAAUCCACUUACAUUUCUCCCUGCUCAGAUGUAAUAUCAUGUCUAUUCAAUGCAAUUAUUCGUAU